CCCAGUGCUGCUCAAGGAUCCCCAAUACUGCUCGGGGGUCCCCAAUGCUGCCGGAGUGCCCCCAGUGCUGUCCAGGGGUCCCCAAUGGUGCUCGGGGUGUCCUCGGUGCUGCUCAAGGAUUCCCCAGUGCUGCUCAGGGGUCCCCAAUGCUGCUCGGGGUGUCCCCAGUGCUGUUCAAGGAUCCCCAAUACUGCUCGGGGGUCCCCAAUGCUGCCGGAGUGCCCCCAGUGCUGCCAGGGUGUCCCCAGUGCUGUCCAGGGGUCCCCAAUGCUGCUCGGGGUGUCCCCAGUGCUGCUCAAGGAUCCCCAGUGCUGCUCGGGGGUCCCCAAUGCUGCUCGGGGUGCCCCCAGUGCUGCCCAGGUGUCCCCAGUACUGCAGGGUGUCCCCAUUUUUGCCCCUCGCUGUCCCCAUCUCUCCCCAGGCAGUGUGGGCGCAGGCAGCGAUGCCCGUGGAGCCCCUGAUCUGUGCCGACACGGCCGCGCGGGUGAGCUCCGUGCUCAACCGGGACGUGAAGCAGUUUGGGAAGAAGCACAUGUUCGAUGCGAGCGAGGAGACAUGCUGGAACUCGGACCAGGGCAUGUGCCAGUGGGUCGCCCUGGAUUUUCCCCGCACAGUCAAGGUCUCGCAGCUCCACAUCCAGUUCCAGGGGGGAUUCUCCAGCCGGCUGUGCACGCUGGAAGGCUGCAGAGCAGGCGAAGAACUGGUGAAAAUAUCUGAGCUGUACCCCGAGGACAUCAACGCCAUGCAGAGAUUCCAGCUGGAGGAGACGGUGCUGGAUAAGCUGAAGAUCACCUUUGAGAACAGCACGGACUUCUUCGGGAGGAUCGUGGUGUACCACCUCGGGGUGCUGGGGGAGAGGCUCUAGGGCAGCGGCGAGGGAUGGCAUGGGGGGCCGCUCCCCCAUCGCCUGCGUUCCCCCACAGGGGCUCUGCGGCAUCGCAGGAAAGGGGACAGUAAACCCUGCGAGCGGGAGCGGGGACAUGCUGCCCCCAAUUGCACCCCAAGGUGCUGAGAGGGACCGCUGCCCCACGGGAUGGCAGUGACAGAGGGACACUAUGCAGAGAUCCACGUGCUGGACUUCCGAGCCUUUGGUGGGACACAUCCUGUGGAACCGGCCGAAUAAAU